GUGAUAUGGUUCCCACAACAUUUGUUGGAAAAGUGAUAGCUUUCCCUGCGAUGAUGUGUGGCAUCCUGCUCAUAGCGUUACCAUCCAUAAUUGUUGGAAAAAAUUUUACUUUAGUAUGGGAAGCAAUGCGGCAAUACCGUCGUUCUAAUGCCAAUACACGAGAUCAAGCUGGUAAUGUUGGUACAAACAAUGAAGGUGAAUAUACAGGAGGUACGGAUUUGCGGACUAGCUUUGAAAGUACACACUCUUAUAUAUCAAAUAUGCCUCGUGGUUAUGAUUCUAUGAAUGACGAGCUGGUUGCUAACCAAGAUGCGUUGCUUGAACAAGUGCGAACUUUAUUAAAAAUUUCUCAACAAAAUCAAGUUGCACUUGAAAGAAUCCAACAGACAUUAGAACAAAAUGGUAUGAAGGUCAAUCCAGAAAAAAAUAGUCCUAAAAUUACUAUACCUGAAAAGGGUACUACAUCAGGAACCUCCUGA